CGGGCCGCGGUCACGUGACCGCGAAGAUGGCCGCCUUUCCCUGGCAUUCCAGAAACAGGAACUACAAGGCGGAAUUUGCUUCAUGCCGGUUGGAGGCUGUUCCCUUGGAGUUUGGAGACUAUCACCCCCUGAAGCCCAUAACUGUCACUGAGUCAAAGACAAAGAAAGUGAGUCGGAAAGGAAGCACUUCCUCCACAUCCUCCUCCUCCUCCAGCUCUGUAGUGGACCCACUGAGCAGCGUCCUGGAUGGGACCGACCCCCUCUCCAUGUUCGCAGCCACCGCGGACCCUGCAACCACAGCAGCCGCCAUGGACAGCUCCAGAAAGAAACGGGAUAGAGAUGACUGCUCCAUCGUAGGAUCGGAUUUUGAGCCAUGGGCCAACAGACGAGGAGAAAUCCUUGCCCGGUACACCACCACCGAGAAGCUCUCCAUCAAUCUAUUUAUGGGAUCAGAAAAAGGCCGAGCCGGGGCAGCCACAUCUGCGAUGUCCGAGAAGGUUCGGACCAGGCUGGAGGAGUUGGAUGACUUUGAGGAGGGAUCCCAGAAGGAGCUGUUGAAUUUGACUCAACAAGACUAUGUGAACCGCAUAGAGGAGCUCAACCAGUCACUGAAAGAUGCCUGGGCCUCAGACCAGAAAGUGAAAGCUCUAAAAAUAGUCAUCCAGUGUUCAAAGCUGCUGUCGGACACGAGCGUGAUUCAGUUCUACCCAAGCAAAUUUGUCCUGAUCACCGACAUUCUUGAUACAUUCGGAAAGCUUGUGUAUGAGCGCAUCUUUUCUAUGUGUGUGGAUAACCGCAGCGUCUUACCAGAUCACUUCUCUCCAGAGAAUGUCAAUGACACAGCCAAAGAGACAUGCUUAAAUUGGUUUUUCAAGAUCGCUUCCAUCAGGGAACUCAUUCCAAGAUUUUAUGUGGAAGCUUCUAUCCUGAAGUGUAACAAGUUCCUCUCCAAAACGGGGAUUUCAGAAUGUCUGCCCCGCUUGACCUGCAUGAUCCGCGGCAUCGGCGACCCGCUGGUGUCAGUGUACGCCAGGGCCUACCUGUGCCGGGUGGGAAUGGAAGUGGCCCCACAUCUCAAGGAGAGCCUCAACAAGAACUUCUUCGAUUUCCUUCUUACACUCAAACAGAUUCAUGGGGAUACGGUCCAGAACCAGCUGGUGGUCCAGGGAGUAGAACUUCCAUCUUAUCUCCCCUUGUACUCGCCUGCCAUGGACUGGAUCUUCCAAUGCAUCUCUUACCAUGCCCCCGAGGCCCUGCUAACUGAGAUGAUGGAGAGAUGCAAGAAACUAGGAAACAAUGCGUUGCUGUUGAACUCCGUGAUGUCAGCUUUCCAGGCCGAGUUCAUUGCCGCAAGGUCCAUGGGUUUCAUCGCCAUGAUUAAGGAGUGUGAUGAGUCCGGUUUCCCUAAGCAUCUUCUUUUUCGCUCACUGGGGUUGAAGUUGGCCUUGGCUGACCCUCCCGAGGGGGACCGACUUCAGAUUCUCAAUGAAGCUUGGAAAGUUAUCACGAAAUUGAAGAACCCACAGGAGUAUGUUAAUUGUGCUGAAGUGUGGGUAGAAUACACCUGCAGGCAUUUCACGAAGCGAGAGGUGAAUACGGUGUUGGCAGAUGUCAUCAAGCACAUGACUCCAGAUCGCGCCUUUGAAGACUCCUACCCGCAGCUUCAGUCCAUAAUUAAGAAAGUGGUUGCCCACUUUCAUGACUUCUCGGUGCUUUUCUCAGUGGAAAAAUUUCUGCCAUUUCUGGACAUGUUCCAAAAAGAGAGUGUGCGGGUGGAGGUUUGCAAAUGCAUCAUGGAAGUUUUCAUCAAGCAUCAGCAAGAGCCCACCAAGGACCCCGUCAUUCUGAACGCCCUUUUGCAUGUUUGCAAGACCAUGCACGACUCCGUGAAUGCGCUCACUCUUGAGGAUGAGAAAAGAAUGCUGGCAUAUUUGAUUAAUGGAUUUAUCAAAAUGGUUUCCUUUGGCCGUGACUUUGAACAACAGCUGAGUUUCUAUGUCGAGGCCAGGUCCAUGUUCUGCAAUCUGGAGCCUGUACUUGUACAACUGAUUCACAGUGUAAACCGGUUGGCAAUGGAAACAAGGAAAGUAAUGAAAGGAAAUCAUUCCAGAAAGACGGCUGCAUUUGUUCGGGCCUGCGUCGCCUACUGCUUCAUUACCAUCCCCUCCCUGGUGGGCAUCUUCACCCGCCUCAACCUCUACCUGCAUUCCGGUCAGGUGGCCUUGGCCAACCAGUGCCUCUCCCAAGCGGAUGCUUUUUUCAAAGCCGCUAUCAGCCUCGUUCCAGAAGUUCCGAAGACCAUUAACAUUGAUGGAAAGAUGCGGCCGUCGGAGUCAUUCCUUCUGGAAUUCCUGUGCAAUUUCUUUUCUACUUUAUUGAUAGUUCCGGAUCAUCCUGAGCACGGUGUCCUGUUCCUUGUUCGAGAACUCCUCAAUGUGAUCCAGGACUACACCUGGGAGGACAACGGCGAUGAUAAAAUCCGCAUCUACACCUGCGUCCUGCACCUCCUGUCCGCCAUGAGCCAGGAGACCUAUCUCUACCACAUUGACAAAGUCGACUCCAACGAUAGCCUCUAUGGGGGAGAUUCCAAGUUCCUGACUGAAAACAACAAGCUGUGUGAGACGGUGAUGGCUCAGAUCCUGGAGCACCUGAAAACCCUGGCCAAGGACGAGGCCCUGAAACGCCAGAGCUCGCUGGGCCUUUCCUUCUUUAACAGCAUCUUGGCCCACGGGGACCUGCGCAACAACAGGCUCAACCAGCUCUCCGUCAACCUGUGGCACCUGGCGCAGAGGCACGGCUGUGCAGACACCAGGGCCAUGGUGAAAACGCUGGAAUAUAUCAAGAGGCAAAGCAAACAGCCAGACAUGGGUCAUCUGACUGAGCUGGCCCUCAGGCUGCCCCUGCAAACGAGGGCCUGACCCGGAGGGCCGUGGUGUGAUGUCCCAAGACCUGCUCUGCCUCUUGUAACUUUCAUACAUGUACAGACCGGGUCAGGUCUUGGCCUCUACCCUGAUGAUCUGACAGUGGAAGCGCGGGGCCAUGACAUGCUGUCCCAUUCAGCCAGCAGCCAAGCACCGGGGGGUCUCUGCACACAUGGGCUUCGGGGGCUCAGUGAGCCUGGGGAAGAUCAGGAGGGCCUUUAGCAAGAGAGGAGCUGAAGAAUGCAGGUAACAGCAAUUUGUUUCUGGAAGGUCUUUUUGUUUGUUUGGAAAAGAAACCUUUUAAAGAGCUGUUGCUGCUCUCUGUGGAAUUGAAUGGGAUGGAAUGCUGCCUACACCACCUUGAAGACUUCUAAAAAGCAGCUGGCUCAGUUAAUUCAUUUUGCUAUCAAAAGCAGCUCUCGGUUGGAUUUUGUGGAUAGAUCAAGUCUGAGAAAGUGAGGUCAAACCUGAGACUCCCCAUGGCUUUGGUGGCAAGGGUCUGUGACUGAAUAAACCUCCUGCAGGAACAUUAUACUCAUGACUGUUCAUUUAAUUACUUGUUCGUCCAGAAGAAAGAGCGUGCGUCUCAAUGCGUCGCCCGGUCUGCUGUGCGUCCUGCUUGUAAGCAGCAGUUAUUCUGCCAACUUUUCUACCCUGCUUGGUGGAAUCUGGAUCCUAUUAUCACCAGUGAGCUUCCACUGACAUUGACUUCCAAUUGGUAAGAGCCUGAUUGGUGAUUCACAGCCUAGAAGCCCCUGCUCAGGACCGUGCAUCCCAGCUGUAGAUUACAAGGGCCCUCAGCGAUUGUACUUCAGGUCUCCCUGGACACAGUGACAUUUCAUCUCUGCCCUGGGACACCAUUGGGGUUUUCAGUUCAUCUCAAACAGGAAAAGGGGCUAAAAUCUUUCGUUCCGUUAAGGGGAGGAAAAGUAUUCUGACCUGCUGUUUUUUUCAACAGAGUUGCUGGGGAGUGGGAUGUGUGCUUAUUAAAUUGGCCAGAAAAUUCAAAAUUCCACAGCAUAUUCUUGGCCCCAAACUAUUCAGUGUAAUCAUGAGUUUAUAAACAUUUAUUUUAAGAACAUAUAAAACUCAGGGAGCACAGUGGUAUCGCCUAGCUAUUUCCAAGUAGCCUUUAUGUCAUCAAAUUAUUUGUUAAAUAAUUCCUACAUCACUUUGACUAUACACUGUUUCAAUGAAAAACAAUUGGCAGAUUUGCAAAUUAUGUCCUUGCAGUCACUUCUACUGGUGCCCACUGGCUCCCAAGCCAAGGUCAGUAAAUUCUAAAUGCUUUUAUGUUAACCUGAACUUGGAAUUUCACACAACAUCAGGGAAACCUCACGCCAAAGGGACUUCGGUCACCUGUCACCUGGCUCACCUGGCUGAGGCGGGGCCUUAGCUUCUGUGUGUUCUUUUGUAGUUUUCUCCAUCUUGUUACUAAAUCAAAUUGCUAGUGUCUGAAGACCAUAGCCUACAUGGAAUGAAGACCACUAUCAUUAUGGAAUAAUAAAUCCAAGCAACAAUUUUAGAAAAUAAGGUAAAAAAGAGGGAAACUUCUGAGACCUGCAUUUUUUUUCUUUUUGCUGCUUUAACAAAUUACCACAAAUUUAGUGGCUUGAACGAGGUUUAUCACCCUGCAUGGUUAAGAUUUCCAGCUGGUCUAACUGGGUUAAAAUCACAUUGGCGAGGCCCUGUUAAGUUUUGAAUGUUCUAGAGAAUUGGUUUUCACUCCCUUUCCAGCUCCUGGAAGCCUAAUGCCUUCUUUGGCUUGUGGCUGCUUCCUUCAAAACCAGCAACUGCUUGUCAAGUCUGAGUCUCUUCAACACUGACUCUCAAGUCCCUAAUUCUGAUUAGCAACUUGAAUUUCUUCUGUGACCUUAAACUCCCUUUUGUCUUGUAACCUAACCUUCACAAAAUCUGGUUAAUUAUGAUGUGGCCCCUUUUGGGGGCAUGGGGUUUGGCAUUAUUCUGCCAAUCACAUAUCCAAGUUGUAGAGCUGAAUACACAACUUCUCUUGGGGGAGAACUGUGUCUAUUUGGCAAAUACUUUGAGGGGCCAGUCUAGUUAUGGCAAGAUGGCCUCAGCGCAGAGCCUGUGGGCUAAGGCAGAGACAGAGCAGAAAUUGUUCCCAGGGCCAGUAAGAAUCAUGAGGCUUCGGGGACAGCUGGAUAAGGGUAGCUGUGAGGGCACACCUUGUCACGGGAGGGUCAUUGGUGAGAAAUCCUAAAACAAAAUAGCCAAGUUUGAGAAACAGGAUUGUGAAAUAUUCGAGAGAACUUGGCCAUGCUCUACGCCAACCUCCCCUGUCCAUUUCUCUCAGAUCCUGAGUAAAAACCCCCAAACUGCCAUGUCUCAGUGGAGACAAACUGUUACACAUUAGGCCAGGGCCCAAAGAACACAGGAAAUGGCACCAAAAGGACUCGCAGACAACCUGAGGGCAGCCCUGGACAUGGGGUCUGAGGGGCAGGGGGCUCAGGCCACGGUGUCAUUUACAAAGGACAGAAGCCCAGCUAACAGCAGCUCAGAGUAAAGCCCCCCGCCAUGACCCACGGACUGCCGCAGACAGCCCUGCUCAAUGACGAGGCCCAGUCCGUCCUGAGACUUGGCAUCUUGCUUCGUAGCUGCCCAGCCCUCUGGUCAGAAUGCUCCAGGACCAGACUCCAAGAAGCCUUCCUCUGAGCAGAUGUAACUUUCAAGCCACUAGUGAUCUACUGAGUCGAGAAGGCAAGUCCCAUCCUAUGUGACCUGUUGCUAGGCCCUAAGUUACUAAAAAGAUUCUCUUGAGAGGCUUUUGGAAGUUUCCUUGAACCACGACGUUAUUUUCAACCUCACAUUCUACUGUCUUAACACAUUGCCUGGAAUUGCUGUGGCCUCCCUUCCACCACAGAUGAAGCCAACACUGAUGACGGAGCAGAGAGGAAGAGAGGGUUUCCUUGACGAGGUGCGGACUCGCUUUCCGAUGUCAGGACUUCCUGCCAUUUAGACCUGCCCGUGCUGGACUCGGGGGGAGCUCAGGCCAAGUCACGUGGAAAUGUCUCAAACAGAACCUGUACUUCGGGAUGUGAAAUGCGAGGUGGGUGGAGAGGUGGUCGUCACAUGCUCCUUGGGCGCUGUUCCUGGAGCUGUGAGGCUGGCCGGAAACACUGUCCCAGGGUAUCUUCCUGGGUCGUUCCCACACGCCAUGCGCCUGGCACUCCAUCAGCCACAGCUGUCACUGGGCUUCUCUUCUUUGUAGUGAAAACAGUCCACUGAAACACACCCUUGGGAAUCCGCCACAGUAGACACACUACCUGUCCUCUAGACGCCGCGCUCAGAAUCCAGUUCGAAGAGAAAUAAUCCAAGCUCAGCAUGGAGGAGUGCAGGCAGGCAGCUGGAGCGCGCCAGAUUGGUUCAGAAACACUUUCCAGUAGCAGAGGAAACUUAGCCACAGCAGCUGGGGAGCAAUUCAGAUGCCUCUGCCUGUCGCUACCCUGAGGCGGGAAAGGAAAAUGAGCUGCUCUUCCCGUUUGAUUCAUUCCACUUCCUUCAGAUAUCACGCCUGUUCCUUUGAUCAGAAGACAGCCUCGUUCUCAACGAGGACCCAGGGUGGAAUUCCCUGGGCGGGACAUUCAGUGCAGCGCACAGUGACAAAGGGCUUGGGGUACAAAGCACACUUGGCACUUACUGGUUGAGUGACCCCGGGCAAUUUUAUUACUUCAUCCCUGAACCUAGGUUUCCUCAUCUAUAAGAUGGGGAUAAUAAUAGCACCUGUUUUGUAACAACAAAGAUGAACUACAUUAACGUGAGGGAAACAUGUUAGUAUGUGCCGGGCAUGUGCUAAGCACCCCAUAAACAUGGAGCAUUACCAUGUACACGCACGGAUGUUCACAUGGUACGGAAUGCUUAUGGCGGGAAACAGCAGCUGGCAGCCACUCCUGCUUCCUUGGCUCCUGACACAGGCGCUGCCCCCCGCCCCGUCUGUCCCGGCACAUCAACGCAGUUGUCUUUGAUCUCCCCAGGAGUCGGGCCCAGACAACUGUCCGAUGGCUUUCACCUGCAAAACUAAAGAAUAAAAGUAGUUCUGGUCGUUUUGGGGGACAACACAUUGGAGUUUAAUCCUCAAACUUUAUCGACUUGGAAGCGUUCCUGUCAAUAAAAAAGAUUUUGUCCGGGGUGGAGGAGAAGCCGAGGCCGGCCCCCCGGCUGUACUUCCAGCUCAUGGCGCGGUCGUAGUCCCGCUGCAGGCUCUGCUGCAGGGAGUCGGCCGCCUUCUUGUUGAGGGCCAUGUUGGACCUUCCCAUCGUGCUGCAGCGGCCGAGUGAAGGAGACAGGUUUUUAAAGCCACCCAUGAGUCUGAGAAAUUUCAGUUUCUUUUCCUCGUUUUCAAAACCAGCAGUAUCCCACUGGCCAAACUGGGGUCCCUGUGUUCAAAGAACAAAAGGGGGUUAUCUUUCUGCAUUCCAAAGCCCCUUUCCCCCUCCGACCCCAGCCUCACCAGGGAGGGUCCAGCUGAUCCAGAGCCUGCUGUGGCCCAGGCCAGAGAUCACACCUUCUUAACCCUAACAAGAGCCCCCUGGAGAAGGCGUCACCACUGCAGGUGACCGAGGAGGGCACAGAGGCUGGCAGCGUGGCUGGGGGCACAAGCCUUAUGGGUAGCCCGACCGAGUUCAUCUCCGGCAAACAUGGGAGCCCACCUUCAGAGGAGCUGCCUGUGGGCCUUCCUCCUCCUCCCUGGCUCCUGGCAGACAGCACACACAGCUCACCUCACCUCAACCUCAAGACCUGGUGCCUCACCUUACAGCACACCUCGCCAGCUGGCGGCCUGUCCACCAGCCCAAGGUUUCUGUCAGCUGGAGUGGAGGAAGGCAGGUGGGAGUGUGAAGUGCAUUUCUCUUCAGAGCAGCACUGCGUCUUACAGCAGGGGCGGAGGCCCAGCAGGGGAAGGGCCACAAGCCAAGUGGUGAGUGGCCCUUGGCAGCACUGGCACACAUAAGCCGGGUCACUGCAGUCCUCAGACCC